UCCUCCUCCUCCCCACCUCCUCCUUCUUGCGCACGCUGCGUUUGCUUUGCUCCGGAGCUUUAGCGCACGCCUUUGCGACUGGAAAACGGAGACAGAGGGACACCGCAGGCGGGAGACACCAGACGGGACUGCGGAGAUGCGGGGCUUACUCCCUGCGUCCUCCGCCUCUCAUCACCAACAUCACCGCCGCGGACACACGGAUUUAAUGAUUUUGUCGUGCGAGUGUGCACGCGCGCGUGCAUGUGUCCGUGCGGUGCACAGACGGAGCUGUGCGCUCCGAGUGUGAGCGCUGCAGACCGAGUGGCUGCUCUCCUCCCGGACACCUGCUGCUGCUGCAGCGCCGCGCUGAUGUGAGGAUGAAGAAAGUCCAAAGCUCCGCCAACAUGUGACGUUUUUCUUUGCCUCAAGGGAACUACAAAGGGGUCAAGCGCCAAAAAGAGAGGGUGUUGUAGGAGCGUGACCCCCCUCCCUCCUCCCCCUCCUCCUCUUCUGCUUCAGAGUGAAUCCAGGAUGGGUCCAGUUUGGCUCCUUGUUCUGCUCCCAUCCCUCCUCAGAGCGCAGGUGACUCCAGACUUCACAUCAGGAGUCACUGUGGAGACAAACAACAGCACUGACUCUUCAGCAAACAGCACAGGAACCUCAGAUGUCUCCACCAGCCUGUCCACUUCCUUCAGACCCUCGGAGCCUUCUGGGUUUGCAGUGACGCCUUCAGAAGCUCCCACACAGGAGGAAGAUGACUGGUCACCAGCAGAGACCUUCCUGUACACUGGAGACCCUUCCACUCUGGAGACGGCCCGCUGCUCACGGGCGUACAGCUCGCCGGGGCAGCCCGGAUCCCUGCCCGUCAGCUUUAGUGCCCCCCUCCGGCCAGCUCAGAAUGCUCUGGCCAGCACCGCCAACUUCCUCAAUAUGAUCUUCCAGGCCAGUGACCUGCGGGAGAGCACAGUGCAGGAGGACAUGGAGUGGUACCAUGCUCUGGUCCGUGCCCUCCUGGAGGCCGACCUGCUCAUCCGGCGGGCCCUGCUGACCUUCGACGCUGACCCGACAUCCCCGGUGCCACAGCUGGUGCUGUGUGCCUCCCGCAACCCAACAGCCAAGGUGCAGACCAUCAUCCUCCAGGACUUAUCCAAGUCGUGGAGGAGCCUGCACCCGCCUGCCCCAGCCCCCGACGACAGCUGGUUCAGAAGCUUUAAAUUCCCAGAGUCCAACCAGCCGAUGGCGGCCCUGUCCAAGAGGGUGCUCCUCAAUGACCUGAGCACCUUGGACACACCCAAGUGGAGGCAGGGUGACAGCUACGUGACCAAUCACAGCGGUGUGCGCUGGGGCAGCGCCCCUUUCCUCGACUGCAGGGAUGGACGCUUCGUUCCCAACUGGAUGCUCACCCUGUCAACAUCAUUCUACGGCCUCAAGCCUGACCUGACACCAGAGUUCAGAGGUGUGAUCCGUGUGGAUGUCAACAUUCAAGACAUCGACUUGGACCAGUGUGCAACAGGAGACAGCUGGUUUGCUGAUACCCACCAGUGCAACCGAACCACCAUGGAGUGUGUACCAACUCCAGGCCAGGGCUUUCGACUGGGUCAGUACUGCUGCCGCUGUAAAGAGGGUUACUACAACCCUGAGAUAGCCCCUCGGGACUCAGGUGUCGAUGCAGAUGGCGGCCCUGUGAACGCGAGUGAUGACGGCGGCGGCGGUGUGUGCUACCCGAACAUGCCCAUCUGUCUCCCGUGCUGGCCGGGCUGUAAGAGCUGCCAGGACGGCACCCCCUGCUGGGUGCAAGAGGCCUGGCUUCUCAGGGGCGCCGUGCUGGCCGUCCAGGGCGUCUUCAUGCUCCUCAUCUUCGUCAGCAUGCUGGUGGCCUACAGGCAUCGUAGAAACCGGAGGAUCCGGGCGUCCGGUCUCCUGCUGCUGGAGACGAUCCUGUUCGGCUCUCUGCUCCUCUACUUCCCGGUGUUCAUCAUGUACUUCAAGCCGAGUACGUUCAGGUGUAUUCUGCUCCGCUGGGUCCGAAUGCUCGGCUUCUCCAUCGUCUACGGGACUGUCACACUGAAAAUGUACAGGGUCCUGAAGGUGUUCCUCUCGCGCACGGCCCAGAGGGUGCCCUACAUGUCCAGCCUCCACUUGCUGAGGAUCCUCGGAGUGAUGCUGAUGACGGUCAGCUGGUUCCUGUGUGCGUGGACGGUCGGCGUCCUGCAGAACCGCGACAGGAACAUCCCGGUGUUCAUCACGACCAACACGUCGGACGGUCAGGGGUUCAACCUGUGUUACCUGGACCGCUGGGACUACAUGAUGGCUGUGGCUGAGCUUCUGUUCCUGUGCUGGGGCAGCUCCCUCUGGACCGCCGUCAGGCCGGUCCCCUCAGCCUUCCACGAGCCUCGCUACAUGGGCAUCGCCAUCCACAACGAGCUGCUCCUCUCCUCCAUGUUUCACCUGCUCAGGUUCACCUUUCCCUCUCUUCAUCCUGAUUGGAUGUUGUUGCUCUCCUUCACGCACACCCAUGUGACCAUCACUGUGACCCUCGCCCUGCUCUUCAUUCCAAAGUUUCUCUAUGUGUCUAAGCCGGGGAGAGAGGAGAUUGCAGCAGAGGUAUAUGAAGAUGAAGUGGACCUGCGGCGCUCCGGCUCGUACCUCAACAGCAGUUUUCACUCUGCUUGGAGUGAGCACAGUGGAGUGGACCCGGAUGACUUUCGGGAUGAAUUGAAGAAGUUAUAUGCCCAGUUAGAAGUCCACAAGACCAAGAAGAUGACAGCAAACAACCCUCAUCUGUCAAAGAAGCGAAGUUCCCGAUGUGCAUUGGGGAGAUCCAUUAUUAAACGCAUUGCUGAGAUCCCAGAAAGCAUGAGCCGGCAGUGCAGCCGCGAGGAAAGAGAUGGAUCCUUCCACAGUAGAAUCAGUGUCAAUCGGCCCGACUCUUUUAGGAGGGGCCCAGAUACUGUCAGUAUCAGUUACAAAAGUUCGAUGAAAUCAUCAUCACCGUCACCAUCCAUGCGCAAGUCCCAAAGUGAUCAUCACUAUGUCAGGGAAAGAGACCCAUCCUUACGUGACUCCAUGUUAAAGGCCAACACUGUGAAAAGGUCAUCACGGCGAUCUGAGACAGACUCCUUGGAUAUUCCACCAGGGGUCUGCAAGUCAGCCAGUGCACAAAAUCUGACAAUUGAUACCAAUCUCCUGCAUCCUGAUCACACCAGGCUUCAUAAGUCCUGGAGUUUAACUUCCACAACUGCUCAUUCAAUGGAGAACAUAGCCAAGGUGAACAGAGCCAGCACAGUGCUGACGAGGUCUAGGCAGAGCAUUUCAAUAAGUGACCAGACCAGGAGUGCUCUCCAGUCAGAGUCAUAUGACAAGGCUGAGGUCUGUCCUUGGGAGGUGGAACCAGAACAAUCAGGGGACAAGAACCAGAAGCAUGUCACCUAUGCCAACACUGAGGACUGUGAGAGAAAAGGGCCACCGUCUCCAGAGGUACUUAUCUGUCCCUGGGACCAUAUACCACCUGUAGAAAAGAAUCCUUCAGUGGAUAAGGGAAUAGGUGAAACUGAGUCCCCCAAACCACAAGCCCCUGUGUCUGCAAGUGCACCGGGCACUCCUAGACCAAAGUUCACAAAAGAUCAACGUGUCUUCUCCUUCCGCACCACCACCACUAAGUGGCUCUCUGUGAAAUCAGUGAUGGGAUCCAUGGACGCAGGGAGCAGAUCCAGUAAGGAGGGAAAUUUAAACAAAGAGGAUGCCGUUUCACAAAAAAGUCAGGAAAGUGUUUCCACAACACCAAGAUCAGGAACAUCUAGUAGACGUCCAAGCAUGGAAAAGAGGUCACUGCAGAAAAGAAGUAAGACAGUAGAUAAACCAUGCCUUGUGAAGCAGAAUGCCAUCAGACUGUCCUCUGGGGAUUCUGGGGAGAGAAGCCCAAGAAGGCUCGUGAUUGUAAAAUCUGCCGUCUACCCUUGGGACAUGGAUGAUAUGCAAAAAGAUGGCACCUAUGAAAAUGUGUUUUUAUCAAGGCAGAACAGCAAACGUGGUAGUAUCAGUUCUUGGGAAACUGCCAGCAGCUGUAGAACUCCUUCAACUCACAGAAGAGGUAGCAAUCGAAUCACACCAGUCCGCAAUAUUUCCCAAACAGAUGUAUGUCCAUGGGAUGGAGCUGGUACUUCCCAGGAAGGAGAGAGACUAAAGAAGCAGCAGAGCGUUAAAGCAGAUGUCUGCCCUUGGGAAUCACAGGUAUCGGAACCAUCUAAUGUAUGUCCCUGGGAAUCUCAAGGGCAAGGUAAUGUGAGAAGACAAGGAAGUGGCCGUGGUGAAGCGUGUCCUUGGGAAACACAGGAUAUUCCUGUUAUUUAUUAUACUAAUACAUCCACAGAUUCACAGGCACAACUGUCUUUAAAACAUACAGCAAAUGUAUGUCCCUGGGAGACUGCAGAAAGUCCCCAGCCUUCAAUAAGGCAAGGUAACGAAUAUGCUAAUGUUUGUCCUUGGGAUGCUCAGGACAAGGCUGAAGUUGUAUAUGAAAACCUAAAUCCUUUGGAAGCUAAGGGAUCACUGUCGGUGCCUAUUCGACAAGAAGUUUUGAAGCCUGCUGUCUAUCCUGGUGCAUCAAAAGAAAGUUCACCAAAAUCACCUGCCCUGCAUAUAGGUAGACAAGUGACCAAGGCAGCAGAAAGUUGUCCAUGGGAUUUUCCUGAUCCCCCUAAAAACAUGGGGAAUAUUUGCCCAUGGGAAGAAGAGAACACUGAGCCAACAAAUACAGGCUCAAGUACACAAAUGACCAUCAAGAUAGAUAUUUGUCCCUGGGAAACUGGAGAAUCAGACAAACCAGAAGACUCACAAAAAGGUGUCUCAACUCUGAAAGCUGCUUCCGCAGAGACUGAUGGGAAAGAUGACAGAAAAGUAAACGUAUGUCCCUGGGAAACGGACCAGCCUGAAAAAACUGCAGUUACCAAGAUGGUAUCACAAGGACUGGAAAGGCCGGCAGAUGUCUGUCCAUGGGAUAGUGCCGAACCAGAGUCGGGAAAGCCACAAGUCCCUAAAACAUCAGAGAGUCAUGUUAAGCAAGACACAGCUCGCGCAAAUGUUUGUCCAUGGGAUACAGAGGAUGCAGGGGCAGUCAAAACUGAAGUAUCAAAAGCAUCAGAGAGGCUACAAAGACAAGGAAAUUCACGAGAAGAUGUUUGCCCUUGGGACACAGAGGCCCCAAAAGUUCUGACAAAGCAAGACAGCGCUCGGGCAGAUGUUUGUCCAUGGGAAACAGAAGAGACAAAAGUUUUAAAAAAGCAAGAUAGCGCUCGUGGAGAUGUUUGUCCAUGGGAGACAGAAGAGCCGAAAGUUUUAAAAAAGCAAGAUAGCGCUCGUGGAGAUGUUUGUCCAUGGGAAACAGAAGAGCCGAAAGUUUUAAAAAAGCAAGAUAGCGCUCGUGGAGAUGUUUGUCCAUGGGAAACAGAAGAGCCGAAAGUUUUAAAAAAGCAAGAUAGCGCACGGGAAGAGGUUUGUCCAUGGGAAACAGAAGAGCCGAAAGUUUUAAAAAAGCAAGAUAGCGCACGGGAAGAGGUUUGUCCUUGGGAUACAGAUGAGCCAAAGGUUUUCAAAAAGCAAGAUAGUGCACGUGCAGAUGUUUGUCCAUGGGAGACAGGUGAGCCAGGAGAUGUCAAAAAGCAGGAUAGUGCACGGGGAAGUGUUUGUCCAUGGGAGACUGAUGAACCAGAAGUUGUCAAAAAGCAGGAUAGUGCACGGGGAAACGUUUGUCCAUGGGAGACUGAUGAACCAGAAGUUGUCAAAAAGCAAGAUAACACUGAAACAGAUGUUUGUCCCUGGGAAUCUAAGGAUCCACAAACCUCAACUGAAAAAGUUCAUAUUCCCUACAGUGACCAAGAUGAUGUCACAGCAAACCAGGGUCCAUGCAGUGAAGAAGAGAUUCCAGCAGAUAUCGGCACAGAGCACGGGUCUAAAGAAAACUUAGCCCUGGGCCGACGGGAUGCUUUGUGUCCCUGGGAGAUGGUAAGGAGCAGAUCUGGUUCAUUCACAGACAAUGCCUCAGAUGUCUUUACAUGGGAGCCUGAGAAUAUUCCUGAGGAAGAUGAGGAGGAUGAUGCAGAAUGUGCUGCUGAGGCUCUUGUAUUCCCGCCUGACUUGUGAUCUAAAUCUAGCCAGCAUUUGCUUUCACUUUUGACCCCUCCCGCUAAAUCAAGGGGAGUGUGAACUCUGUAAAACCAUUUGGGUGGCACUCUGUUGAUGAUCUAGGGGAACUUUGAAGUUUUUAACUUCUCCAGCUCUACAGGGAGGUCAGAGGACAGGGUCUGCUCACGAACAGAAAGCCCUGUCUUGUGGACAUUUACAUGGGCUAAUCAGACAGGAUUUAGGGCUGUUAAUUCAGGUUGGACUAUAUUUGGGGCCAUGCCGCUGUCUAAUAAAGAAGCCUGUAGUAGACUUGAUGAGCUGAACACAAUAAGUUGUGUAAACCUGACUGAAAAAAAGUUUCUUUAGCUGAAGCACAGACUGCAUUGUGUCCCUCAUGAAACCAGCAAUGAACUGCAGACGGACAUUUCUUGGCUGAUGGAAGGGCAUCUAAAGCGUUUAGAUGAAGCCCCUAUUCCUCCUGCUUCUACCCUCCAUUUUUAAUUGAAAUGUUUUUUGUGUCUUUGUAUGUUUUUAGGUGAUUAUACACGUAUUUGCCAUAUUCAUACAGUGUGUUGGACCCAUGAUUGGGGUGAAUAUGUUACAAAGCCUGCACUUGACAAGUCCAGAGUGCGUGCAAACACAGAUAUAGCACAACAGAUGGAACUCUAAGUUUAACCAGCAUCCGCCAGAUAAAUUCAGUUUUAUUUUGUUCUUUUGUGGAAAUUUUAUUUUUGAAGUACAAGUAUUAAGUGUAAAGCAGUGCCGCCAGGACUACAAUGGAUGUCAAAUUACAUUUUUUAUCAAGUAUUUAUGAUUGAUAAAACUAUGCAUACCUGUUUGCUUAAUGAUGAUUUAAUGACUAAACACCAAUGAUUAAUAUUACGCUCUCACUUUUGAUUCAGUCACAAUAAAGGGAAAAAUAGCAUUCCACCAUUUAAAGAAACAAUGCCAAAAACUGCAUAAAUCACCAUAAACUCGAGACCUACACCCUAAAAACUUUACCCGUUACUGUGGAGUGAAAACUGCAUAAUUGUUUUAUGUCUGGGCAUUCGGAAAGUCUUGUCAGCACAUUUAUGCACUGGAUACUAGUUUAACUAAGAUGGGACAAUGAGAUUAACAAUAAAAACUGUGCUUUCUAAAUGUUUGGUAAUCACGACAAACAUCAAAUUGGAUAGGACAUUUGUGUUGCAGUUAACUUGACCUGCUUCCAACUCUGAAAUUUACCAAAUGUGCAAGUACAGUGCAAGUUGGGGGACCUGAAGCCUCAGUUUCAAUAGCAAAUAGGGCUCCCCCAAUUUAGUUGAUCAGUCGCUAGUUAAUGUUUUGGUCAAGGACAUAAGUUUUUGUCAGGGUUCUUUAUGCAGAUGAUAUUUGUCAUUAUAGUCAUAUUUUUCUUGUUCUGUGCAAGAGAUUCCUCUGCAUGACUUCAUUGAUAUGCAGAUGGACAGUAAUACUAGGCAUAUAAUGAGAUUUUUAAAAUUCAAUUUAUGUUUUAGUCUUUUGACUAUUCGGUAUCUUCAUUAGCUAGAAAUGUCUUCACAUCAUGAGUGGCCCUACAUUACAAUAUCUGACAUCAGUACUAUUUUAAAGGUCCAGGAUUUAGGGGGAUUUAUUGGCAGAAAUGGGAUACAAGUAUGUUUUCUUUAGUGUAUACUCACCGGAAAAUUAGUAUUGUUGUGUUUUCAUUGCCUUAGAAUGAGCUGUGUGUGUAUCUAAAUAGGAAGCAGGUCAUUGUCGAUGGAGAUCACCAUGUUGCACUGCCAUGUAGCCCAGAACAGACACACCAAACAGUGGUUUUAGAUAGGGCCAUUAGCGUUUUCAAGUCAACCACAGUAGUUAGCAGCCCCUCCAAGACAAGCAGCGUGGGAAAAAUGAUUUUUUUCACACAAUGUUGCUUUAUAAAGUGUUUUUACCAGUUUUAAACACCAGGUCUGUUUGUUUUGGAGAGGAGGAGACCUCUGCGGAUAAUUUAGCUCCUGGGAAAAAAAUUAUAUGGAUCUUAAGUUAUGAGCCAAAACAGGUGAGCACAGAUUAGCAAGUGCUGGGCUAGUGGCCCAUCUCUGAUGAGCCAAACACUGUAGGAGAAACAUGGAUUUGUAACGUGAAUCUGCUUUAUUAAGUGUUUUUUUACCAUUUUUAAUCACCUGGUCUGGUUUGUUUUGGAGAGGAAGAGACCUCUGCUGAUAAUUAAAAACCUCUUGAACAAUGAAUACUGAAGGAAUUCUCAUCAGGAGAAGUUGCAACUGCCUGCAAUCUGCACCCUCUCCACUAGAUGCCACUAAAUGCCCCUAAAUCUUACACAGUGGACCUUUAAAGAAUCAUUACGUUUCAGAUACAGACUGCAACUUUUUCAAAAGCAGUAUUAUGUUUGAAAAGCUUUUGUGGUGAAUAAAACUUACAAUAUUAACAGUUUUCUGUAUUGAUGUAAUUACGUCACACGUCUAUGCCAGCAAUCUGUGAAAUCAGGUGUCAGUUUUUCAGGAUUUCUGCAACAGUGUCAUUUAGUCCCAAACAGCUGCAGUGAUUUUUUUUCAUUCAGCGACCCCAUUGUUGAAAUACUGCGCCGAAUUUUUUGUCGAUGGAGUGACUUAGUUUUGUGAGCAUUGUUGCAUGUUAGUGUGUUUUUUGGAUGAGCGUGCUGUAAUUUGUUGUCACGUAUAAAAAGAAAUGUUGUUACACACCCCUUGAUUUGCAUAAAGAAACAGCCUGUGUUCUGUUUUCAAUUUUUGUACGCAAUAUCUUCAAUGAAAGAUUAUUCUGAUAAGAAAACAUCCACUGAAAUCUACUGGUGUGAAGA